UGCGUCGGGGCGAGGCGCAUGCGCCCUAGGAUCGCCGUGGGAGCGGGAGGGCGGCCUAAGGGCCUGUCCGGGGUGAAGGCGCCUUCCACAACCCUUUGCCAGACAUGCCUGUCCUUAAAAAAACCUAAGUGGGAAACAGCAGCUGGAGGUUUCUCUUUUAUAAAGCCUCGUGGUGGAACACCUGCUCGACCUGGUCCUUGGAAGAAUGGAAGUGCCACAUAGGGACUCGAUAUGAAUGGAAAAGACCCGUCACCGUGAGUCUGGCACCUCAGAGAUGCAGGUGCUACAGCACUCUGAGCACACGCUAAAAACAGCUCUCAUCUCAAAGAACCCAGGGCUUGUGUCGCAGUAUGAGAAGUUCAGUGCCGGGGAACAGCGUUUGCUGAACGAAGCUUUCCAGCCGUCCAGCAACCUGUUUGGGCCCAUUACUGUGCAUUCACAGUCAGAUUGGAUCACCUCCCACCCUGAGGCUCCGCAAGACUUCGAACAGUUUUUCAGGAAUCCCUACAGGAAGGCGCCAUGUCCAGAGAAGCACAUUAUCUACAUACAGUCCAUUGGCUCGCUAGGCAACACCAGAGUUAUCAGUGAAGAGUAUGUUAAAUGGCUCAAGGGCUACUGUGAGGCGUUUUUCUAUGGAUUGACGGUAAAGUUCUUAGACCCAAUUCCAGUCUCUGCAACGAAGUGUCCCUUUAGAGUGAACGAGCACACACAAAACCUACAGAUUCAUGCAGGGCAUAUCCUGGCAUUCUUGAAAAAGAAGAAACCCACAGAUGCCUUCUGCAUCGUGGGAAUCACGAUGAUCGAUCUCUACCCACGGGACUCCUGGAAUUUUGUCUUUGGACAGGCCUCUUUGACAGACGGUGUGGGAAUAUUCAGCUUUGCCAGGUAUGGCAAGGAUUUCUACAGCUCAAGAUACGAAGGCAGAGUGAAGACUCCACAACGAACAUCUUCCAGUGACUAUUCCAUCUUUGAUAACUAUUACAACCCUGAAAUCACUAGUAUUCUGCUGCGGCGAUCCUGUAAGACUUUAACUCAUGAGAUUGGACACAUCUUUGGACUGCGACACUGCCAGUGGCUUGCGUGCUUAAUGCAAGGCUCCAAUCACUUGGAGGAAUCUGACCGGCGUCCUCUAAACCUUUGUCCUAUCUGCUUACGCAAGCUGCAGUGUGCCAUUGGCUUCAAUAUUGUGGAGAGAUACAAAGCACUGCUGAGGUGGAUUGACGACGAGUCCAGCGAUGCAUCAAGAACAACUCCAAAAAAUAGUUCUGAGCGUGUGAACUUGCAGAAACCUGUGGAAGCCUUUAAGGAUUGGAGAGAAUGGAUAGUAAGAUGCAUUGCUGUUCUCGAGAAAUAAGGACUUCCAGCCGGGCGUGGUGGCGCACGCCUUUAAUCCCAGCACUCGGGAGGCAGAGGCAGGCGGAUCGCUGUGAGUUCGAGGCCAGCCUGGUCUACAAAGUGAGUCCAGGACAGCCAAGGCUACACAGAGAAACCCUGUCUCGAAAAC